GGACGAUCUGAUUAGUAAAGACCAUUGUUUUAGUAAAAGUGACAUUUGACAUAAUAUGAAUUACAUAAUAAAUAAGAAGAAUGAGGUUAUAAAAACGAUUCAAAAUGUUAUCAUCCAGAAUUUUACGAUUUAAAAACCUAAACAAUAUCAUAGUCCAAUUUUCGAAUUUACACCUGCAAAACAGAGUGUGCAGCACUCCCGUUUCCAUACCACUACCUUCGAUUGAACAUGUACCAAUCGGCUCCAAUUCAUGGAUGUGGAAGCGAAACGAGGACAUCAAUUUACCCAAAAGCAACAGUUUAAAUCUAAACUUCGAACUACCGAAUGGAUUAAGAACCAUUUUGCCCCUCGUUGACCCGAUUCAACGGGAAGAAAUCGAAGCACCCGCACAGGACGAUAGCAUAGAGAAACAGGCCAUUACGAUGCUGGUGAUUCGAAGGAAGAAAAUGAAGAGGCACAAAUUGAGGAAACUAAGGAAACGGAUGAAAUACGAAUGGGCAAAAAAAAGGCAGCGACGCGAGUUGAAGAAAGAAAAGGAAUUCGUCAGCAUGCUGAUACAACGGUGCAAAAAAGGCGAGGAAUUCUCCGCCGAGGAAUACGUUACAGAGAAACUAAAUAAAUACAAGCAAGUCCUGUUAGCUAGAUCGGAGAUGCAAGCCCAGCGGCGCUGAUAAAUCCGUUAAUUCAUUAGAAAAAUAAAUUGUCAACAAUC